ACGGAUGAGCAAGUUUGCUUUAGGGUUUGCUGAGGGAUUACAAAACACGAAGGGGACAUUAAGACCGUUAAUAAGAACAUAAAAUAUUUUUUUAUUAUUGCAUUUAAAAGACCUCUUAAAAUUGAGUUAUAAAUUGCUUUUACAUAACAUUGGCAUCACACACACACACAGCAAAAUCAUGCGCAAUUGGAUUUUGCAUAUAUAUAAUCGCUUGAACCACAUCAUUAGCCGUAUCGUUAGACACUGUUUUCUGAAAAGAAAUUCUAGCACAGUGAACUUGAGCUAAGACCGAGUCAGCAUCACCCUACAGUGCAGUUUCAGAAAAGCGGCCUGUACAACUCUCCCAAGAGAAGUUUUCAGUGCAGGACAUGUCACAUUUCACAUCGAAGACCGCGAGGACUCGGCGCGCGGGGCCGCUAGGACCUAUGCUGUAGGAAACUCGCGGCCGUGACGCCGCGCGCAGAGGAGCGCCUCGGGCACGUUUCCGUAGUUGUUUCUCUCCUCUGAGAGGAGCCCAACGGCCCCGCCUUUCCCGCGUUAGCUCCAGCUCCCCCGGGCCGAGCGCCAGGCGCGGGGCCGGAGUCGAGCAGCUCCGGCGUCCCCCGGGAGGGGAGAGGGACGCAGAGGCGGGCGGCGGGAUUCUUUCCCCGCCCGGGGGCUCGGCCGACGCGCUUUACCGCCUGCGGUUCAAAAACUAGAAUCAGAGAAAAACCGCGGGGCCGGAGCGCGAGGCCAGCGGGUAGAGCGUUCACCUCGUGGCCGCCGACACCCGCGGGGUCUCCCGAGCACUGCCAGGAGAGACUCCCGAGUGCAGAGCCAGGAGCAAGCUUCGAGCGCCACCGGGACGUACCCCCCAAACCGAAGAAAAAAAUAAAUCGCGCCACGUUGUACAAACUGGAGAGGCAGGGGACAGAGGCGCGCGCGCGCGUGUGGGAGAAAGAUCCUCAGAGGGAUCAGGAAUCUGGGGAAAGGAAAGGGCUCCGAAGUUCAUUAUAUAAAAAGUUCUUCGUGGGGGCUGGGGCGAUAGCACAGCGGGUAGGGCGUCUGCCUUGCACGUGGCUGACCCGGGUUCGAUUCCCAGCAUCCCGAGCACCGCCAAGGGUAAUUCCUGAGUGCAGAGCCAGGAGUAACCCCUGUGCGUUGCCCCGUGUGCACCCCCCCUCCCCUACAAAAAAAAGUUCUUAGUGGCCAGCGGCAUUUCACUUUUCUUUGGCUGGAGUCCGGCGUCAGUGGCGGGCGGCGGGACGGUGUUUGUGGGUCGCAGCGGCAAGGGUCAGGAAGGGCAUCCGCCGGGCACCUAUCCACAAGCCCCCCUUCUCUCCCCCACCCCCGGCGCCCCCGCCCCGCGUCUCCUUCCUCCCGCCCCGCGGCGCCGCUGGGGUGAGCGAGGCUCGCCGCGGGGGCCCGCGCCGGGGCAGGGACACCGCGAGCGAGGCUAACCCCAGGCGUCUCCCGGGAGACGGGCUCCGCCACAAGAUGGCGGCCGAGAAAGAAACGGACGUCCCAGACACAGUAUUAGCAGAAUAUCAGAAAAAAGUUAAAGAAGCUUUUGAAGUAUUUGACCAUGAAGAGAAUGGUACAGUGGACGUGAGAGAAAUCGGAACAAUUGUCAGGUCUUUAGGCUGCUGCCCUAGUGAAGGUGAGCUCCAAGAUCUGCUUGCAGAGGUAGAGGAAGAAGAACCCACUGGAUACAUUCGAUAUGAAAAAUUUCUUCCAGUGAUGAUUAAAGUACUACAGGAAAAAAGAUACAGACCAAUUCCAGAAGAUGUUCUUCUUCAAGCCUUUGAGGUUCUAGAUCCAGAAAAACGUGGUUAUCUUUCUAAGGAUGAAUUGAUUAAGUAUAUGACUGAAGAAGGUGAGCCUUUUUCUCAGGAGGAAAUGGAAGAAAUGUUGUCAGCUGCUAUUGAUCCAGUAGCGAACGUAAUUUACUACAAGGAUUAUGUGACGAUGAUGGUGUUAGAUGAGAGUUAGAUGCUCUAAUGGCUUAAUUUCUAAUUGAAAGGGUAAUAAAAGAUUGCUUAUCCUUUUGAAUUUCACGUUUUUAUCUUAUACUUCCUCCCUAUGAUAAUUAAUGCCUGAAGACAGCUAUUUCAAGAUAUUCUGUUCUUGAGAGAUGAUCAUAGCAAUUUAAAACAUAAUUUAGUAUAACUAGCCUUAUAUGAUGACAAAUGGGUAAUUCUUUUAAAGUCUUAAAGCAUUUUAAUAUCAUGGACUUUUGUUAAUUUUCUACAAUAAAAUUCAUAUUACCUUCAAAUUAAUUAAGUUGACAGAAAUGAGGAAUGAUCCAAGGUUUGUCAUACUUUGUCAUCUUGGGAAGGAACACAAUGAUUACGGAUUGAAAAUUCAUAGAGCAGCGGAAUGGAAAUAUUUUAUUUAAGGCACUGUGAUUUGAACUAUUGUUAAUGAUAGGGUUUCAUGCAUACAACAUUCCAGCACCACACUGAAAACGUUUUUAAACAAGAAUACUUUAUGUAUUAAAAAUAUAGAUUUGCCAAGAAUGUUGGGCUACACCCAGCAGUGCUCAGAAUCUAUUCCUGGCUCACUCAAAAACAACCCCUCAGGUACUUGGGGUAGCUAUAUGUGUUCAGUAAUGUGAACCAGGCUUCAAGGUGUGUGAGGCAAGCACUGGACUUCCUGUACCAUCUCUCUAUCACAGAACAAACACUUGAGUGAUCUGAGUGAGUUAAGUGAAAUUAUAUUGAAGAGUAUUUCCUUAUGAGUUAACAAUUAUAAAUUUCUUGAGAUUAUACAAAUUGAGUUAAAAAAUUUAAAUUUUCUCAUCUAUUAUGUCCCCAUUUAUGGCAAAUGAAGUUGAGAUAAUUAAAUUUAGAGAUAAGAAGACUGAAUAGAAAUUCAUAGUAUAGGAUGUCAGCAAUUCUCUUCUAGUCUUCAGAAUUCUUACCUAUUCAUAUUAUCUGUCAUAAGAAUAUGUGACAGAUAUUCUUAUGUCAUAUAUUAUGUCAUAUAUAUGUCCUGAACACUGAGUAAGAAUAUUAAGAACUUUUAUGUUGCACAGGACAUACAGCUGUUGACAAAGCAAGAUAAAGUUAUCUGUGCAAAGAAAUAGCAAUGGAAAAGACAUAGGAACUUAGAAGCAAAGGGAAAAAUAAAGUAAAAGAAAAUGAAUAGCUUCAAUAACCAAUAUGUUCUUUCAUAUACUUAUGCAUAUGUGCACACACAGAAUGAUCUCUGUAGAUAUUUCACCACUACAUUUGCAUACAUAUACAUUGCACUGUAGCACUGUCAUCCCAUUGUUCAUCGAUAUGCUAGAGUGGGCACCAGUAAUGUCUCCACUAUGAGACUUGUUGUUACUGUUUCUGGCAUAUCAACUAUGCCAUGGGUAGCUUGCCAGGCUCUGCUGUGCAGGCGGGAUACUUUCGGUAGCUUGCUGGGCUCUCCGAGAGGGUCGAAGGAAUCAAAUCCGGAUUGGCCAUAUAUAAGGCAAACGCCCUACCCACUGUGCUAUCACUCCAAUCCAUACAUAUACAUACACACUCAUAUAUGUAGAUAUAUAAAUACUUGAUACUGCUUGUUGUAUUUCUUCACUGGGAAUACAAUCUUGCCCUCCAAGAGAGAGCAUAGAUAACGAAGAGACUAUUUGUCACUUUCAUUCAUUCGUGAAGCAGAUACUAAGCAUUAGAAAAUGCUCUAGGAACUGGAGUUAGGAUACAAGUAAGUCCCUAAAUAAUCAAGGCCCAAGAAGUGUAGCCUCUCACCCCCAGUCAUUCAGCAGCCACAUUUCCAACAGGGCACACUCAGGACACUGUAGAAAGUUGGGCAGCUAAUAUGGCAGAGGAGCUUUCUGGACAGCAAAAGACUACUGAGUUGAGGAGCCUCCCCAGAAUUCCAGAACAGGUACUGAAAGAAAUGCUGUUUGCUAAGUGAGCGUCAGGGCUCAGUAUAUAUUUCAGCAGUGGAACAGAAGCAAAACUACAAGACAUGUCACCAAAUGUGGAAUUAUCUGGGAGUUGAAAACACUUGAGUGUAGUGUAUAGGAGGCAAGAUGAGAGAUGACGCUGGUGUGGUUGACAGGAGCUUUAUCAUUAAGAAUGUUGUGUUACAACACCUAAUCAGAGAGAGGGAACAAAAGGGAA